AUGUCUGCACUGAGACCUGCAAAGCAAGGCUCUCUGAGACUUGUGAAGGGUGCUCUGAACAACCUUAGAAACCAACCUGCCAAAGCAGCUAUUAUCCGGUCUCUGUCGUCGACAAGCCGCCAGUCGCCGGUACAUCCGAGGAUUCCUCAAUCGCAGAAGCUAUUCGCAAAACAAAUUGAACUCGCACUGCCAGCCCGCCGAGCUUUCUCUGCGAGCGCAGUUGCCCAACAUGGUCACCUAGACCCUCCAAAGCCUGGAGAAGAGUUAUAUAUCACCUUCAUAGACAAGGACGGAGAUGAGCACAAAAUUGCUGUUAACAAGGGGGAUAAUUUGUUGACCAUUGCACAAGCUCAUGAUAUCGAGAUGGAAGGUGCAUGCGAAGGAUCCUGCGCCUGUUCAACGUGCCAUGUCAUAGUCGAAGAUGAAGAGCUAUACGACAAAAUACCAGAGGCGACUGACGACGAGAAUGAUAUGUUGGACCUCGCAUUUGGGUUGACGGAGACUUCAAGGUUGGGGUGUCAGAUUGUUAUGACGCCUGAACUGAAUGGACUUCGAGUUAAGCUUCCAAAUGCUACAAGAAACAUGCAGGCCAGCAACUUCAAGUAG